CAGAUGUUGGGACAUCAGGACGCACCGCUCAUCAUUUACACACAAACCUUUUUUGUCUCAUUGGUUUUGUCCAGCUACAGUUAGGAACUUUUCUUUUAUGGCUAAAAAACGGAAAAGUGUGAAUUCCUGCUGGGAAUGGAUAUUUGCUUCCACAUUUUGGCAUCUGCUUAUUAAAAACCAGAUGUGUCAGGGGUAAAAAAAAAAAAUGAGGAAGAAAUAAAUCCAUUUUCAUUUUUCAAACUGACUGUGCCAUUUAAUCUAACCGGAUGGGCACGAAUAAGGCGACACUGACCAAGAGAUAGGGCACCUUCAAUGACAGACAUCUCAGAGGGUGACAUGAAAUAUGACAAGAAGUGACUAAAAGUUAUGGAGCGCUCCGGUCUAGUCGAGACCACUCAGCCGGUGAACACCACAAACGACAGUUUUAUCACAGCUUCAUCCACCGUGGAUGAGAGCACGGAGAGUCUCGCCUAUCAGAUCACCCUGGCGGUGGUUCUCUCUGUCAUCACACUGGCCACCACUUUAUCCAACGCGUUUGUCAUCGCAACAAUCUCCCAGUCAAAGAAACUGCAAACUCCUGCCAACUUUCUGAUCGCCUCUCUGGCCAUUACCGACCUCCUGGUGUCUAUUCUGGUGAUGCCCAUCUGCGUCCUGUACACGGUCAUCCACACCUGGACGCUGGGGCAAGUGGUGUGUGACAUCUGGCUCUCGUCGGACAUAACGUGUUGCACUGCGUCUAUCCUCCACCUGUGCGUAAUCGCUUUGGAUAGGUACUGGGCCAUCACGGACGCAGUGGAGUAUUCCAAAAAGCGCACGCCAGGACGCGCAGCCGGGAUGGUGGCCACAGCCUGGGUCAUCGCCAUCUCCAUCUCCCUGCCGCCUCUCUUCUGGAGGCAGGUGAAGGCGGAGGAGCUGACCAGCUGCAGCGUCAACACGGAUCACAUAUUCUACACCAUCUACUCCACAUUUGGUGCUUUUUAUAUCCCCACCUUGCUGCUCAUUGUCCUCUACGGACGGAUUUACGUCGAGGCUCGGAAACGGAUCCUGAAGCAGUCCCCCAAGAAGGUAGGGAAGAGACUCACCUCUGCGCACCUGGUCACCAACUCCCCCGGUUCCGUGGCGUCCACGACCUCUCUGCAGUGCGGGAGGCACGACACCCCGUCCAGCGACACCGGGUCUUCGACGAGCGAGAACCAGGUGAAAGUGACGGUGUCGGACGCGCUUUUGGAGAAAAAGCGGAUUUCAGCCGCCAGAGAGAGGAAAGCGACGAAGACUCUGGGGAUAAUCCUCGGCGCUUACAUUGUUUGCUGGCUGCCGUUUUUCAUUUACACACUCGUGGCGGCCACGUGUGACACAUGUUUAAAUCCCAAGUUAUUCGACUUUUUCACCUGGUUGGGAUAUCUGAACUCCCUCAUCAACCCGAUCAUAUACACCAUGUCCAAUGAGGACUUCAAGAAAGCUUUCCACAAACUUGUGCGCUUCAAAUGCUGCAGGUCGUGAGCACACGUUCCUUCAGUUGCCGAUAAGAUUGAUCUAUUUUUGGAUGCAUAAGAGUUAUAAAAAAUAUAUAUAUAUAUCAGAGAAUAUAGAAUAGUAGAUUAGCCAUGAAUAACAUUUUGGAGACUCACAGUGAGCCAUUAUAGGCUAAGUUGUGCAUGAAAUGGAACAACCAGUCAUGUUUUCCUUUUUUUGUGGAAAUUUAAAAUAUAACUUCAUCAAACAAAAAAGAAAAUGUGGAGUAAAACUGUUUCAUAUGAUUUCCAUGAAUUUAAAUCUGCUUUCAAGACUUAAAACCAACACAUUUUCUCCAGUGAUGGUGUCAGUGAUAUGAAAUUAGCGUAUACCUCUGAUGGGCCUGAGUCUUUAAAAAAAAACUUGCUUGUGAGGACGGACAUUUUUUGCAGUGACACUUGAACAUGUCAUACAAGCUCCUUUUAAUAGGUGUACGUGCUUUGUUGUGCGAGAGAACACUGAGUGAUGGGAUCUUAGUGUUGUGUAUGGAUUCCCGUUUGGAUGGUACAGCGCGUUGUUCCCAUGCGAGGACUGACCCAUUAAUGAGAGUAAGCAGCAGAGACCAUAAACAUCUGACGUGAUUUUACUAGUCAUAUAUAAAAAGACAUGGCUAAAUGACCCAGAAUCCAUUUUUGCAUUGUGUGUACAAGUAGUUUUAUUUUUAAAACUCAGACUGUUUCUGUGUAUUCUGAGAAAUGAUAACAUAAAUUUUGAUUAUGGUGAUGGACUGCUCGCUGCUGCCCUGUAUGGUUAUCUUAUUUAUUUAGAAAGGCACACUCACACAGCUUAAAAAAGAAAAAAAAACACAUAGAAGUCUGCUUGUUGUACCAGGUAAAGAGAAAAGAUUCAUACAA